AUGCACUACCGAAAACAGCAUGUCAAGGGCACCCAGACAUCCAGCCAACUGGCAAAACCCGAAAAAAACGUUUCUAGCGAGCUUGUCUACUGCCUCUUCGUCAACUCUCAGCGGCAGAUAAUCACCGAUCUUCGUGAGUGGGGCACUCAGAGCGCCACCGUACGACAACAGAAAUGAGAGUAGUAAUCACACAAUAAACAAAAAAUAAAUUUCACAAAAGAAACAGAUUUUGAGUUAAGUUGUCAGGUCGUGGGAAGUAAUCGUUGUUGGCAGUGUAAUUGCUGCAACAGCCGGGAAAAUGUAUGCCAAGAUAAAACCCCAUAAGACAUGACAGUUAAUUGGGAUCCUUUUCUAUACCGUUGCUGCGAUUUUCCCCAGACGCCACAAACACACCACACACUGACUAAUGCAAAUCACUCCAGUAGACACAGACAGUCUCGGCCAGAUAGGGGAUAAAACUGUCUCGCUUUCUCCUCCCCCUGUCCCCUCCCCUCUCUCUCAGGCAUGACUUUGCUCACUUCCCAGACUGAAGUGAAAAGUCCAAACGGAGGAGAAACUGCGUGAACGAGAAAAGUACGAACAGUAGCGUUAUCAACAGUGUGGGCGGCUACUACCAGCAGGAAGUAGCCAGGAUAGUAGCAGCGGUGGGAGGAAGGUGGUAUAUGAGUUUUUGCUUUGAACAUCGACAGAAAACACGUAUGUCGUAUCGGUAGUUAUGGAACAAGAUACUGAUGGCAGAAUAUAGAAGGUUGAAAAUCGGAUACUGGGAAGGGCGUCCGCGUACUGGCAUUGAUGGAGGGACUGUUCUAGGAAACAUUGUCUAGACUCGAUGGGCUGAGGUCGUUCGAUGACAUCCAUCUCAAUUCAUGACAGGGUGUCGGGAACCGCCUACUCACGGACAGGAUGGGCGAAGUCGAAUGGGAAUUUCGUGAUGAUGGAGCUAAGCCCUGUCUAGCAGUUGCGUUUCGAUCACGUAGGGGUCAUGUUCAGGACAAAUUUAUUCCAACUUCCAUCUGAAAACAGUGUUUCAUCAGAAGAACGGCAGCGGUAGGGUGUAGGACCCCAGUCAGCUUUAGCUAACUGAUGUCAUACGUUGAAUGGUGGUAGAGGGAGCUUUAGGGGUGGGGCAACACGCAGAACGAAAAGCAGGCGGAAUGGAAGAAGACGCAGAAAAUAAAUUUCCCCCGAAAGUCUUAUCGUAUGCUGUCAUAUGGCGAAGAAAGUGAGCGCGGUAGUUUAAAACAUAGACAAAAACAAUUUUCAAAAAAUGAAGAAUCUUGGAUAGACCGCCACUGGCAAGUUUACAUUCGGUCAGAAAGCCCAGGAAAUUUCAACCAAUAGGAAAGGUGAAUAAAAAGUGAUGCUUGCAGUCACACAAAAUUUUAGUGUACAUGUUGGUGUAGCCAGCCGCAUAGAGUCCCACAUCCUACUCUUACCCAGAAGAAGUUCUGUCAAUCUUUGAAGUACAUCUGUUACGGCGGCUAAAGCCGUAGAGUGACCUUGCCAACUACGACCUUCAGGUCCGGUUUCGAAUAAAGAGCGGAGGUGCUUGAGGUCAGUUGAGGGAAUGCUGUAUUCCGUACAGAAAGAGUGGAGAACCACCUAGAUGGCCGCCGGACGAGGGAACACGCCCGGCGCCGCAAGUGCGGCAUCCCGAGAAGCAGUGGGAAAUGCACCCUGAGCACCCAUGAGUCGGCCUUGAAGAUGAUUGGCCGGUUUAGACAGCCGUGAUUGGCCGAUAAUCAGACUGCCGCGUACAAGUACUUGCGAGAGGCGCAGCGUUGCAACGGGCGCAUCGAGAAGGGCCAGUGCAAAUUCACAUCGUCGACACAUGCCACGGCCUCACUAGAGAGCACUUUUGUCCGAGACAGUGGCUCCGGCUUCUGUGGCGCCCAAGGUACAAACACUACGCAGCCACCACAUGACUAUCGAACACAACCGUCUAAACACUCUGCCAUCUUGGAAGGUAGCAAACCCGACACCGAACCGAGGGCCGACAGUUCAAUCGCGAGUGGGUGGUCAUCUGUCUGCCUGCCAUGGAUUUCCUGUUUAACAAAAUUAGAUUUAAUUUGUUAAGUGCUUAAAAAGUGCCGUUGGGAUCAGGACUCCGAUGAAAGAGCCUAAUUGUCGACGCAGCGGCGUUAGCAGGGCUUUUUAACUCAUCCGAUUUCUGUCAAGAAAUGUGGGUGCGUCAUUUCGCGCGUUCAUUUAACUCCACAAAUAAUUCUGCACAGCGGCGUUGGAAGGGACAACGUCAAGUUUAAUCAGAGCACAGUCCGUCUGCUGGUUUCAUCUCUUCAGGUCCACGGACACUUGCCAACACGUCCAAAACCCUUGUCAACUGAGUUUUACAGGAUACUGUCUGCUUUAUCUACCUUCGACAACUAGCCCACGGUUAGGGAUUUUCGCCUGAUGACUGAGUUACUGGCAUAGGUUAUAUCGGUUGCGACAUGAAAUGUGGAAAGUCAGUUUGAGGCGGUGUCCAAGGAUCGGGCCAGAGCGAGCGGGCAGUUUUGUGCUUGAACUCUGUCCUUAAGCAAUCGAAAGCUGUCAAUCAGCAGUGAAUCACUGCUCAAAGGAGGAAUCUCUGGUGGUGUCGCAACAAGAACUGAGUAUAUGCGCGGGUCGAGAAAAUGCUAUUUGUUGUUUAACAAAUUUGUCAGCGUUUUCACACUCUCGCUUUACUGGCAGACGUGUGCAUUCCAUCUAACAAUAUUUCGAGUAUUUUUUUAUCACCUGACUGCCCUCUGUGCCGAACUUUUGGUCAGAUGUGGUUGUAUAGCCCCACCUAGAGUAAACAAACCCCAGUCACCUGUAAUAAGGGAACAGUGGCAGUAGGGGGUUUUACAGGUGGGACUGGGGAACGCACAGGCGACGAGGUCAAGUAGUUGUAUGCACAAGAUAAGUUAUUGGGAAUGCGCGGUUGUAAGUUGGGUGGUUGAGAAAUAGUUGCCCUAGCCCCUAUCCCUUACCCCAACACUAACCCCUAACUCUAACCCUUAACCCUGACCCAUAGCCAUAAGCCCUAACCCUAACACCCAACCAUAACUCAUAACCCUAACCUUAACCCCUAACCCCAACAGUGUUGUAUCCAUCAGGUGGGACUACAUAACCACAUCUUACCGAACUUUUUUUAAAAAAUAAGCUUUCCUCUUAUUGAAGAAUAACUUGCGGAGAAUGCAGAACGAUGGACCGACGUAGAUAUUUCAGCAGUGCCGACAGCUCGGGACGGCACAGGCCAGAGAAUAUCAUCCCGCCGGGGGAGGGCUGACUAAAGGCCCUACCGAACAACAACUGCCUUUAAAAAUAUUGUAGGCUGUUACCCCUAGUUUCCCCUUGUUCCGCGCAUAUGCUUAACCCUUACCGUAUGCGAAUUUAAAAUCACCUUUGAAGUUUUUGAAUACCACGCGGUUUGCCGACGAUAGGCAGGAAGCAGGAAAGGAGGUGCAUUCCGCAAUAUCUCCCUAAUUCCUCGGGUGGUUUGACUAAACCCUAGCCGCAGACAUCCCAUGCAUUACUUCAAAUCGACCUGCUGAUCUUGAGACAUUAGGUAGUCCACUAAGGACCUUCAGUCUGGAGGAGCGCGACGAAUCUUGCAUGAUUUGAGCCGUAACCAGGAGGACCUGCUACAUCCUACUAGCUUACACAGACAUGACGGAUCCGGUAGGACUGCUGGGGUGCACUCACGGUCAGCUGAAAAUUCAUCGUACACGCGCAUCACCCUGUUUAGGUAGUGAAUUAUCAGGUGCCUGGAGGAUUUAGAAUUAAAAUCUCGACCAGACGUGUGUGUGUAGCUAUCUUAAGGUCACCUGAACACGCAACCACAACAGACGGCACGCACGCACACAUGUGCGACCCUCGCAAGCAACGAGGCCUAUCGCUGCCUCGCAAGGUGGACGUGGCCAUGGAUUGCACAUGAAGUUAUUUAUAAUGAUGCAGAUUUAUGCAGUAUCUACUUCAAUUCAGGCCUCCAUCAUCCCCCCGGGCAUCUAUGGCGAGGGUGGGCGCGGCUGGCGAUUUUUCGCACCCGUUUCAGCAUGGCCCUAGUUACUAUCUGUGUUGAAGAACACCAAAGUAGGAUAAGUGAACGAACAAUGAGUGCUUUCAGUUUGUGUAAAUACGACUGAAAAUGGUCACGUGAUGGUUCAUUUUAUGGGGGUACCCCUUGUGCCUGCGUAUGGAGGGGCAGGUCGUGCGUGUGGCCCGCGCAGACCGAUCCAAUCAGUCACUCGCCCGUUCCGAUGUGCCGAGGCGCCAGACUACCUUGCCUUUACCUACCGGUUCAUCAUUCUUGAGCUUACUGGUUGUUUAACUGAAUGGAAGGAACACAACGCAACGCCACGCGCUCGGUAUCUGUUGGAUUGUUAGGUCGUUUGACAUUUGAUCGUUAAUUCCUUCAUAACGCUGGUCUUCUCCUGACAUCCAUAGUCUGGGAUUGACAGUUCUGUCCUUAGCGCUCGCGACAGUGGUGACCUUUUGACGUUCGCACUUAUACCUUUAGUCUGUUGACUUUCCGCUCGCAUACAGUCCGUUUACCUUGUUUUUUUCCCACCAUCGUGACCUCUAUGGAUUCCAACGAUCCCACUACUUCUCUCAGCGGACUUGUUUCGUCUCUACCAGACUUUAGACAACAUGCGCCAGAACUUUAGUUUUUUUCCGUAUCGAGGCGACAUUUUACUCCGCCAAGAUCACACGAGAAACAGACAAAUAUUACAAGUUGGUCGAGGCCCUUCCUCCUACCAUUCUUUCCCAAGUGCAGACAUUUAUGCGACAUCCCCCGACUGAUGCUCCCUACACUAAGUUAAAGACUGAACUCCUUCGUCUGAUAUCAGUCUCAGGUCGGCAGCGUUAUCACGCACAGGUAAAAGAAGAGGCCUUAGGUGACCGUAAGCCGUCGGGACUCCUGCGUCGUAUGCGUUCUCUCGUUGAGAACAUGGCAAUCGACGACACGUUCUUUAAGGAUAUGUUCUUAGAACGUCUGCCGACGUCGGUACAAAUAAUUUUGGCCUCCGGCUCAGAUGACCUAGACAUAUCAAAGCUAGCGGAAAUGGCCGACCAUAUGGUGGAGGCUGAGCGUUUGUCAUCCCCGACGACUGAGCAACGCUGGCGGUGGACUGCUGCCUGGUAA